UCUUGCUUUUGGAAAAAAGAAAAACUAAAUUUCACACUGGGUACCCAAACAGUGUUAUAGCAACCACAGAAUUUUGAUUCAGCCAAUUAAUCACUUGACAUCCUAUGCCAAUAAAAGCUGAUUCAUAUCUCACAAGACUCUAAAUUGGUAGUAACAUCCUAUUGUUGAUUACUUCUGAAUCCUAGAAGACAAUCAAUAUGGCUAUGCUAACAUUAAGGUAUUUUUCCUGUGUCUGUCUCCUCCUAGUAACAAUUUUUAUGUCUGGAGUCAGUGCCGAUAACAAUACACAAAACUUCCACUACUUCUGCGAUCAUACAAACGAUAGAGGAAACUACACAGCCAACAGCACCUAUGGGACCAACCUCAACACUCUUUUGACCACUCUAACUUCCAACACAGAAAUCGAAUACGGUUUCUACAAUCUCACAAAGGGCGAAAACACUGACCAAGUCUACACCAUUGGUCUGUGUAGAGGAGACGUUAAGCCAUAUGAAUGCCGCAACUGCCUUGAACAUUCCAGAGGCAAUCUCAGUCAGCUUUGUCCAAAUCGAAAGGAAGCAAUUGGUUGGUACGAGGACGAGAAGUGCAUGUUGCGCUACUCAGACCGCAAAAUAUUGGGUCUUAUGGAAACUGGACCUGCGUAUUUUGCGUGGAGUUCAAUUAAUGCAACGCAAGCGGAGGAGUUCAAUAAAGUGGUAAAGGACUUGCUUGAUGGGUUGAGGAGCAAAGCUGCAUCAGGAGACUCUCGUACCAAAUAUGCUACAGCAAAUGCAACUGAACCAGAUAACAAAUUCAUUUACGGGCUUGUGCAGUGCACGCCUGAUUUGUCUGGACCAGACUGCGAUAACUGCUUGCUUCAAUCCAUCAAUGAAGUCCCAAAUUGUUGCCAUAGUAAAAUAGGAACUAGAAUUGUUAGACCCAGUUGCAAUCUGAGAUAUGAAACUUCCUCUCUCUUCUAUGGGGCUCAAACAUAUACACCACCACCACCACCCACACCCUCACCAUCACCAUCUUUUUCGCCACCUUCUAUGGCCACUACUAACACUUCCGCAGAAGAUAAGCGCGAUGCGUCAGGAAGUACUUCUGCAGAUAUAGUCUGGUCCAUACUGUUGUGUUGUUUUGUUGUGUCCUUUUCUGUUUUUGUUUGAGAGAGAGGAAUGUUUUGAAAGUAAUUCUACUUAGCAUACAUGGCCGCAUCAUCAGAAGAAUCUGGUCGUAAAUAUGCUGCAGCAACUUCAUUUGUAACUUUGGAGACAACUUUCCCCUUUGUGUGUGUAAACUUUUAUU